AAUAAUGCAAUGAUCAACAAUGAUGUGGAUGUGCUCAAACUACCUGGAGGAAUGGCCUAUGAUCUGAAGCCUGGAACUUCCUGCUUAGUGGCAGGAUGGGGAAAAACAAGUAAUGGAUUUCCAUCUGACACACUUCAAGAGGUGACAAUAGAAGUAAUAGAUCGUAAAACAUGCAACAGCGAGGACUAUUACAAUCACAAACCUGAAGUAACCCAGAACAUGAUCUGUGCUGGUGACAGUGAAGGCAAAGGAGAUUCGUGCCAGGGUGAUUCAGGUGGUCCUUUGUUUUGCAAUGGAAAGUACACCGGGAUUGUGUCCUUUGGCAUAGGAUGUGCAGAUCCCAAAAAGCCUGGAAUUUACACUUUUGUUUCUAAAUACCUUCAUUGGAUUUGGAAAACAUUGCCAUGCAGUCUUACAAUAUGA